GAGCAGUGAACUGUUUGCAACUCUGUGGAUUUGCGGUGCCUUUCUCCUCCCCUUCCUGCUUCCAUCUCAGGUCACUGCCUGCUGCGAGCCAAACGAAAGUAAACCUCCACUUUGAAAGUCCCCCCUGCCCGACCCACUGGGCGGGAUUCGGGAGUUCAAAGCGGCAGCCGGCAGCGGGCAGAGGCGGCGUGGGUUACACAGCAUGGCAGACACGUUGGACGAGCCUUGGUGGGAGACACCUGGAGGAACUAAGGAACCAGCCCUUUCAGAUAAUGAGGAAGAAUGUGCUAAUACAAGUGAAACAGUUCAGCAGACUUCAAGUUCAACUCUUGUUUCUUCAAAGAAAAGAAAAAAGGCUACAGAAUGCUUCCUCAAUGUUGAGAAAGCAAAAUCUAAGGAUGAAAAAGAAAUUGAAAUGAAGCCAAAGAGAAAAAGAAAGAAGAAAAUUUCUGAUCUUCUCACAGAAACUGUACCAAAGCCAGGGGUCCCAGCAGAUGUACAAAAAAUGCUCAAUGAACAUUUUGGAGCUAAACGUUCUGUGAUUGAACUAGAAGAAUUGAAACUGCCAGAUUCCUGUUUCCUCCCUGCCAAUGACCUCACCCACAGCUUUUCUUCCUACCUGAAAGAAAUCUGUCCUAAAUGGGCAAAGCUCCAUAAAAAACACACAGAGAAGUCAUCAGUGGUGAUGCUGGUAAUUUGCAGCUCUGCUCUCCGGUGUCUGGAGCUCAUCAGAUCAAUGGCAACGUUCAAAGGAGAUGGGAGAGUUAUGAAAUUAUUUGCAAAACAUUUAAAGAUACAAGAACAAAUGCAAAUGCUGGAAAAAGAUGUUAUUCAUGUGGGAGUUGGGACACCUGGAAGGAUAAAAGCACUAAUACAACAAGAAGGCCUUAAGCUGACUUCCUUGAAAUAUUUUAUCUUAGACUGGAACCAUAGGGAUCAGAAAUUAAGAAGAUUAAUUGACAUCCCAGAGAUAAAAAAAGAAACAAUUGAACUUCUAGAAAAGGAAUUAAUCAAGCUAUGCAGAAAUGGCUCCGUGAAAUUGGGACUCUUUUAAUGAUUAUUUCUACAGUCAUUCUAUCAUCUGUUGGCCUCUGCUGUAUUGAGCUGCCUUUAAAAGUGCACAAAGCUGAAGAUGUGUGUGACAGAUCCUUUUGUCAUCCACCAUUCUUUUAUAAUAAAACAGUAUUUUAUGUGAAGAUCGCCACUCUAUUUUUUUUCAAAUUUCUAUCACUGAAGGCCUAAGAGUUGUUUUAAAAUUCCAUACCUAAGAGAAGUGAAUUGAAAUAAUUAGAAAACAUGAUUCAAAUAAUAUGUCUACUACAAGACAAGCCAUCCUAGCUGCAAUCUGUCCCCAUUCCAUCUGCAACACAAUAAAAAAUAGCUUGCCUUGAAAAAUUGUGCUAGAGAAACAUUCCUAUCACAUAUAGGAAAAUAUGCUAGAUCUGUUGUCACGUUCACAAUGUUGUUGUAAUCCAGUUUCCCUCAAAAUUUAAUCACUAUGAAACCCUUAAAGCAAAGAAUAAUUUCUUGUCAUGCUCCUUUCCAUUGGGAAGAAUAUGUAUGUAUGUACAUGUAUUAUGUCCUAGCAAUUAGAAGACACUUGAUACAGAAUGAAAAAUGUUAGUUUGGUUGAGUUAUCCAGUAUCAGCAAGCUUAAAAAAGGAAUUCAGUUUUUUUUAAAAAAAAAAUUUUUUCCUGCU